GUGAAAAAAUAAUACACAAGAAAAGUGGUGCACUUGGUUGGUUGCAGUCUGUUGCAUAUUUUGCCGUUAAAGUGUGUAAAAACAUCCUUGUACAGAAGCUUGUCCAUUGCGCCGUUGUUCCUAAUCAGCUACGACAUUCCGACACCGUUCCAUGGAUGCUAUAAACAAGAUUUAUUCGUCCGUUUCGCAAACGGUCUCCACCCUCUCGGCAGUGUUUCUGGGAAAUCCGCUCACGAAAGAUUAUGAUAUCGCAGAACAUAUUGGUUCUGCUGGAACAGAACUCGUCUGGAAAAUCUACACAGGAUGUAAACGUUCGACGAAGGAGACAGCCUCAAUAUUCGUGUUCGAUAAGAAACAGCUAGAACUGUUCACCAAAGACGAGCGAGAGGAGAUCUGUGAAAACAUUCGCCGCGGUGUGGUACAGCUGACGAAAAUACGUCACCCGCAGGUAUUGACGGUGCAGCAUGCAAUGGAAGAAAGUCGCGAUACGAUCGCUUUCGCUACCGAACCCGUGGUGGCCAGUUUGGCGAACCUUCUCGGGAACACAACGAACGUUUCCAACACGGGAUUACUCUCCGAGUACAAGCUGUCGGAGUUUGAUACAAAAUUUGGCAUAUAUGAGCUUAUCAAAGGGAUUCAGUUUCUGCAUGACGAAGCACAGCUGGUACAUCGUCAUAUCUGCACCGAAAAUAUCAUCGUAAACAAGCAAGGGAUAUGGAAAUUGUUCGGCUUUGGGUUUUGUUGGAACAAACGGGUUCCCGGAACACCGGUGGCAAAUCACUACUUCAAAAGCCGUCUUUUGGGUAAUCCAGGCUCCAAAUGGACCGCGCCCGAAUUGAUACUGGAAAACAGCUGCAACGAUUCAACCGAUAUUUAUUCUUUAGGUAUAUUAAUUUAUACAAUCUAUUCACGAGAAAACAUUCCGUCUCCGGAUGCAUCGUCAGAUCUGUACGGUUAUAAACAAUCCGUUACAAAGCUUAGUAACCAAGGUCCACCGAAGCUUACCGCCAUUCCCGAAUCGUUACGCUCGGAGGUUAAAAAAAUGCUUAGCGUUAAUCCUCAGGCUCGACCGACGUUACAGUCGUUAAUUCAGAUUUCGUACUUUUGUGACAACUAUGUGCAAUGUUUAGACAAUUUAGAAACGCUCUUCCCUAAGGAUAAUUUAGAAAAGUCAGAGUUUUACAAACGACUCGCCCACAUCAUUGGCGAUUUUCCGCAUCGCGUAAGACUGUACCGCAUUCUGCCACUGCUAGUGAAAGAGUUUGUUAACUGUUCAAUGAUUCCGUUCGUACUGACGAACAUUCUGACCAUCACGGCCAGUUGUACGAGGGCCGAGUAUAUGCAGCACGUUAGCUCCCAUCUACGGCCAGUGAUGUUGCUCGACGAGCCAGUACAAAUUAUGCUUAUAUUCUUUCAAAAUCUCGAUGUGCUGCUGAAAGUGUGUCCAUCGGAAGAGAUACGGGCUAGUGUGCUGCCACUUGUCUACAAAGCGCUCGAAUCAAAAUCGCAACAGAUCCAGGAACUUUGCCUCUCGAUCAUCCCUUCGGUGGUUGUGCAUUUGGACAAGAGCACGAUAAAAAGUGGCCUUGUGCCUCGCAUCAAAACGCUCUGCUCCGGAACAAACUUAGUAUCGGUGCGGGUAAAAUGUUUGCUGUGUCUUGGCCAGCUGGCGGCUAAGAUAGACAAGUGGGUAAUGAUAGAUGAUAUCGUGUCGUAUCUUCCGUCCGUCAACUGUCGGGAACCGGCGGUCAUUAUGGCUAUCGUUGGUGUCUACAAAGUAUCGUUCACAACGGAUGGGCUAGGCAUUCCAAAGGAUGUGCUGGCCUGCAAGGUGCUACCACAUCUCUUCCCGAUGACCAUCGUCAAUGGACUUUCGCUGCAGCAGUUUAACGCCAUCAUUGCUUUGAUAAAAGAGUUUACCCGCAAAAUAGAGGACGAGCAGGGCGAUAAGCUAGGCAGCAGCAAAGCGUCAGUUACGUCGAGUGCCAGCAGUUCCAGCUUGCAGGAAAAACAACCAUCAUCACAACAGUCCGAUUUGCAGCAAUCGUUUGGUAGCUUAGGGUUUGGAGGUUCCGAUUUGUACGGUGAUUUUAUGCAAUCGCCAACGAUUACUGCGAACAAAGCGCCACCACCGGUUCAGCAACAAACACAGCAGCGCACGGUAACAUCUCCUAUGCAGCCACAGAUUCCCCAGUUGAAGCCGCUUCAACCGCAAACCACACUGAACUGGAACGUUCCUCCGGUGGCAACGACAGCCAAGGAAAAUAGCAUCAAGUAUAACCUUUUCGCACAGCAGCAAAACUCCUCCGCGAUGCAGAUCCGCAACAAAGAUCCACCGCUAGCGCUACCACCACCGGCCAUUGCGGUGCCAAUGCCGGUAGCACCGAUUGCUUCGACCAUGUGGAUGAACAGCAAUGGAUCGUUGGUGACGAAAAAGCACGAAAUGAUCUCUCCAACCAACAGCAACCCGUACGGACAGCUGCAACCACUAAUUCCCACUCCAUCGCAAGCGGGUCAAACAUCCGGCAAGUCAAGCACGAGUCCCAUGCUUUCGAAGGAGGACAUAAUGGAAUUUUUACAGAAAUAAAUCACACCGCAACAUAAACGAAACGCUUGCUACUACCGCAUGAGGCACCAUCGCUUAUUAACUGUGCUGCACACGUUGUUGUUUGGUCCCGGGAAUCAGAUACACUUAAUCUUAAUGUUUUUUCUUCUCGUCGGUUCGCGGCCACACGCAAAAGUUAGCCAAUAAAAAGAAAACCAUAUUCACGGCUGUA